AUGGCCGUUUCGUUCGGCCGGAGACUACGACCGCGGAAUGCAAUACACGUGUCGGAUGUAUCGGUCGACAGGGAUGGCCAGCAUCGUGCCCUGGUUGAUCUCGAUGUCGCUGAUCGGAGCCCAGACAGGUCCAGCCCCGGGUCCCGCGAGGAUCUCCCAGGAACUCCAGGCGCCGCUUCCCCCGAGGAUCUCCAGGAUUCCCUCAGGAACCGGGCGAGGUGCGAGCAUCCGUCCCUCGACGAGGCGGCGACGAAGAGGUUCCCGGGACUCCUGGAAGACGAGCGCCUCCACCGGGGCCUCUCCUCGAGACCCGACGUCGGCUUCUCCGAGGUCUUCUUCGAUCCUCCGCCGGCGUCGAACCUGCAACGAAAUCUGAUCCAUUACCCGGACGUCGGCACGGGAAACGAGGUGCAGGAGGUGACCGACGCCGAGCCGGAGGUCUCACCGGGGCGAGUCCACGUGCCCGGCCAUUCCUACGAGCCUCCUGACGAUCGUUACCCCAAGGACGAGUACGCCGGCCCUGCAAUGGACAUGGUUUUCUCCUGGACCAUGGUGGACUUCGAGUACGAGAACUCCUCGGCGCGCGUGGCGGCCCUGGCGGAAGGGACGUACGUCCCCGAGAACGUCCUGCCUCUGGGUCUGGAUGUCUGGGGAGAGAGGGUGUUCCUGACCCUGCCCAAGUGGCGAGACGGGGUGCCGGCGACCCUGGCGACCGUGCCCCGGAUCUCGAAGACGACGAGCCCGAAGUUGAGGCCCUACCCCAGCUGGGAGUGGCACCGAUCGCGUACCUGCGAGGGUCUUACCUCGGUCUUCAGGAUCCAGGUGGACGAGUGCGCGCGACUUUGGGUGCUGGACUCGGGCAAGGUGGACGUGGCCGACUCCCCCUUCCAGGCGUGUCCCCCAAAGAUCCUCGUCUUCGACCUGCGGACCGACCGACUCCUCAGAAAGUACCCCUUGACUCCGGAUCAGAUCAAGCAGGACUCGCUCUACUCGAACAUCGCGGUGGACGUGAGAAACGGCAACUGCGAGGGCGCGAGGGCUUACCUCGCGGACGUCUGGCGGUUCGGUAUCGUCGUCUACGACUUCUCGGCCGACAGCUCCUUCAGGGUGCAGCACCGUUUCUUCUUCCCGGACCCCGUGGCCUCCCGCUACGAGCUGCACGGGCUCGGCUUCCAGUGGACCGACGGGAUCUUCGGCAUCGCCCUGAGCCCCCUGGACGUCCACUCGGACCGGACCCUCUUCUUCCAUCCGAUGUCCAGCUUCCGGGAGUUCGCUGUCUCCACCUCCCUCCUCGGGGACAAGGAGUCGGCCGAGGCCCACCCCGACGCCUUCGCCCCGGUCGGCCGGCCAAGGGCCAAGGACUUCGGCCACUCGUCGGGAUCGGCCAUCGCCAGGAACGGCGUCAUGUUCUUCAACAUGGUCACCAGGGACUCGGUCUGGUGCUGGGACACCCGGAAGGAGCACGACCCCCGGAACCUCGGAGUCGUCGGGCACAGCAACGUGUCCCUCGUCUUCCCCAACGACAUCCGAGUCGACCACGAAGACGACCAGAACGUCUGGCUGAUCUCCAAUAAGCUCCCCAUGUACCUCUACGGUCGCCUCGACCUCGGCGAGCCGGCCUACAGGGUCUUCAGGGCCAACGUCAGGACCGCCGUCAGGAACACCGUCUGCGACCCCGACUACGUCGUGUCCGACUCGGACUCGGGUUACGACGAGACCUGCUGAUCCGCCGACCUCCUUGUACGCAUCGCGCCGGGCUAUCGAGACAAUAAAUAUUUUUUUAGUACAAUUUACUUUUUUUAAUGGUCUUUGUUCGAUGACUCCCUCGUCUCGGCGGAAGACAAGGUGGUAGCGGAGAACUCCUCCAUGUCGGUGACGUCGCUCCAGGAAUUCCGUCGCGAGACGGUGGAAGCGACUUCGGGAUCCGAGUCCGAGUCAGCCGGAGCAAAAGUCGGGUCGUUCGUUCCAAAAAGACCGGUCUCGGGAGUUUGCUCGGAUCCCAUGGCCAGGGUCGCGAUCAGCAGCGCCAGGAGGCUCGCGACCAUUCGGGCAGCCUGGCCGCUCGACGAGCCGUCUUCGGGGAGGAAUUCCUCCUCGGGUAACUUCACCCUGGGGCCGUCGUCCCUCGAAGGACUCUUCUCGAUCGGAUCCUCUUCUUCCGGGAAACGUUCGUCGAAGAAGGGCGCAACUUUCG